AUGGCACCAAGACGUGGCGGCGGCUCCUUCAGUGGGGGUAGCUCCAGCUCUUCCAGCUCCAGCAAAUGCAGUGGCUCUGCAUUUAGCACACAAGUAACUCAAAUCUCCAUCGCGUUCCAUGCGCUGUUCUUCCUUGUCUUCUGUGGGCUGUUUUGCGUCGCGGCCUUCAAACUUAUCCGGAGCAAGCAGAAAGGAGUAGCCCUACGACGAUGGUUCCCUCUCGGCCUCUCAAUCACCUUCAUGGUCGUUGGCGUCGCCUUCUUAAUCGUCCUCUUCACGCUCCUCGAAUGCGACAUCGCAUCGGUUACCGUGUACCAGCUCGCCGGCCUUGCGCCAAGUUGGCUUAUACCCGUGGCACACUUCCUGCUCAUUGCCGUGAUCAUGAUCCCCAUCUGCAAGCGCCUGGUUCAGGGCAACAGGAAAAUCGCAAAGAUGGUCACCACCGUGCAUACAGGUUAUAUCGUGGUGCUUGGAAUAGUCCUCCUCUGCUACCUAGCCAUCUACACUCAUCUCGUUGACGCAGCAUAUCGCACCGGUGCCCGGGUAGAUCUCAGCGGGCUACGACUUCAUCAGAGGAGACUAGCCACCGCAUAUUAUGUCCUCGCAGUAAUCGGAAUGCUGAUGGCGGCUGCGAAUAUGCUCUUCGCGCUAGCCCGCGGCCAUCAUUUGAGAAGAGGAGUCCUACUCCCCGCCACCGUGGUUCUCAUUCUAUCAUCAUUGGGACUGACCACCCUCAACCUCGCCAACCACAUCAUCAUCGAUUACCUGCAGACCCAGUAUAUGCGCAAGAGCGUCGGGGGAUUUUACCAGUCGAUGGAGGCCCAGACAUUCCUGAAAUACUUCUUCUACGCUGCGAGCUUCCUCGCGGCUCUUCUCGUCGCUUCGUCGAACCAACUCUCCGAUAAUGCCUCCACAGGACCCGUGAAGCAUCUCCCCAACCAGCCGAAGUAUAACCCUCAGCAGCCGUACCGGGCUUAUCGGGCGCAGCCUCAGACGCAGCAGAGCUAUAAGUAG